AUGCUCAAACGACUAUCUACCUUCAUCCGUCUCACCCCUCCUCGCGACAAGGGCGAGAAAGACGAGAGGCGCGAGAAGCAGAAAAGCGCUCCUACUGCCUCCACCACCUCGAAAACUCUGGACGUCUCGUCCAACGCGUCCUCUAAGACAGAGCCCACAAUGGCGCCCUCGGAGCUGCUUACGCCCAUCAAUGGCGUGAAUGGCAUCGCCAACAUGUACGAUUAUCCACCAGCGAACCCAGAAGGCGAAUAUAGAAUCCUGCAGCAGUACCACUCUAAGCCUAGCAAGCUACGAGUGGCAUGCGUGGGUGCUGGGGCUUCUGGCCUCUGCUUGGCCUACAAGAUGGAGAAGAUGCUUGUUCCAGGGUCAUGGGAAUUGACGCUCUACGAGAAGAAUUCAAUGUUUGGUGGAACUUGGUAUGAGAACACUUACCCUGGCGUCGCCUGCGAUAUCCCUUCGCACGACUACAAUUUCACCUGGGAUCCCAAGCCAGAUUGGACGCAGUUCUUUGCGUCAGGCGCGGAGAUUCAGGGCUAUUUUGAGAAUUUCGCGGAACGGCACGGAAGCAAGAAGUACAUGCAAUUGAACAGCAAAAUCGUCGAGGCGAGAUGGGACCCAUCGGAGGGUAUCUACAAUUUGAUCGUUGAGAACCCAAAAACGAAGGAGCAGCGGAAAGAAUGGUCACACGUGUUGGUCAACGGCAGUGGCAUCUUGAACACCUGGAAGUGGCCGGAGAUUGAAGGCCUCCAUGAAUUCAAGGGACCAAUUCUUCAUUCUGCCAACUGGGACCACAGCGUCGAAUUCAAGGACAAGUCAACUGCUAUCAUUGGUGUGGGAUCUACCAGUGUACAAAUCACACCUGCGCUCCAAAAGAUCUGCAAGGACGUCAAAGUCUUUAUGCGAAGUCCAACAUGGAUCUCUCCGCCGUUCGGUGCUGGUGCUCUCACCAAUGAUCUACAGAAGGGCCAGGAUGUCGACCCCGGGCAGCGCCAGUACAACUUCACUGAAGCAGACAUGAAGAAGUUUCGCGAUGAUCCAGAGUACCACCUUGAUUUCCGAAAGCGCAUUGAAGCGGAAAUCAAUAGUUUGUUCGGCAUGUAUAUCCAAAAUUCCGAGCUUUCCAACACAAUGAGGGAUGUCAUCACCAAAGAGAUGCACCGACGUAUGGGCCCUGGCCACGAGGAUCUCAAGAAAUUCAUCACCCCGAAAUUUGCUCCUGGCUGCCGAAGAAUUUCGCCUGGUGAUGGUUUCCUCGAGUCACUGGUGCAGGACAAUGUGACACCUAUCUUUGAGGGUAUUAAGCGCGUGGUGCCCGAAGGUAUCGAAACUGUGGACGGAACUGUUCACAAGGUUGAUAGGCUGGUGUGCGCCACUGGUUUCCAGGUCGCUUUCCAGCCCGCUUUCACUGUCAUCAACGGCGAAGGCAAGUCGAUCAAAGAGGACUGGACUAAGGGCCCGAACCUGUACUUCGGCGUUAGCGCACCUCGAUUCCCUAAUUACUACACCAUUGUUGGUCCAGGUGCUACUUGGUCUAACGGCACGUUACUUCCGUCGAUCGAGACCACCGUCGAAUACUCAAUUAAGUGCAUGCGAAAGAUGCAACACGAGGGUAUCAAGGCGAUGGCUGUCAAGCAGGAUGCAUUAGAUGCGAUUUAUGAUCACUUUGACGAAUUUCACGGGAACACAGUGUGGCAAGAAGAGUGCCGUAGUUGGUUCAAGGACGGCGAGAUCAAGAAGAGGAUCUAUCUCUGGCCGGGUGCCACAAUUCACUUCCUUAAAACGAUCAAAGACCCGCGAUGGGAGGACUACGACUACAACUAUCGCUACAAGAACAGGUUUGCGUUCUUGGGCAACGGAGACGUCAAGGCGACAGUUGAGAAAGACAUUCCAGGGCUGAGUGUCUACAUCAGGAACUCGGACCACGAGUGGAGCGUCGCGUAA